AUGGUUCAGCGUAAACGAAAAUCCAUUCUUACUUUCAGCAGAAACACAAUGGGUGUCAAUUCAUCGUCGCCGAAAAAAACGUCUGAAGUCACAACAUCAUCACAUCCCACUACUGGACGAAGAGCAUGUGCUUCCGGGGCAUCCUCAGCUAUGUCACCGAAACCAUCACUCCAGCAACACCGAGGUCAUAUAUCUGCAUUCAGCCCUUAUCGAGAUAAUAUUGCUGAAAGUGAUGAUAACGAUGAAAACGAGGAGGAGGAGGAGGACGACGACAACGACGAGGAGGAGGAAGAGGAAGAUAACGACGAUAAGGAUGACAAGGAAUAA